GCCGUGGAAAAGGGAAAAAAGUUUGGUUCCUGUCAGUCCGAAGAGAUUUGUUUUACACAGUUAUAUUACAGAAUCUUAAGUUAUUUGUUUAAAAACACGAAUAUCAAGAUUCAUUCGAGCAGUUGAAAUGCUUGAGGAUGAAAGCAGUGAGGGGAACGAAGCAGAAGAGUUUAUCGCACUCGCGGAUUUUGAGGCUGAUGGUGAUGAGCAGCUCAGUUUCUUAGCGGGCAACAUAUUAAUGGUCCAUGACAAGAAUUCAGAAGACUGGUGGUGGGCUGAACUGCAUGGUCACUUUGGUUAUGUGCCAUCUAGCUAUUUACGCCAAAAAACUGAGGAUGAAGAAGUGGAAGAUGCUUGGCAAGAUGACGAAUACUUCAGCAAUUAUGGGACAUUAAGGCUACACUUGGAGAUGCUGUCAGAUAAACCCCGCACAGAAACGUACAGGCAGGUGAUCCUGAACAAUAGUGCUGCCCUGAAAGGAAAGGUGGUCAUGGAUUUGGGCUGUGGGACAGGGGUUAUCAGCCUUUUUUGUGCCCGUUUAGCGCAUCCUGCAGCGGUAUACGCUGUGGAGGCCAGCUCGAUAGCAGAACACACAGAAGAACUUGUGAAAAAGAACGGGUGUGAGGGGGUUAUAAAAGUAUUUCAGGACCGAGCUGAAAAUCUCACCCUCCCUGGGAAAGUUGAUGUUCUUGUGUCAGAGUGGAUGGGCAACUGUCUUCUGUUUGAGUUCAUGGUGGAGUCGGUGUUGCUGGCACGUGAUCGGUGGCUGAAGGAAGGUGGAAUGAUGUGGCCGUCCUCCGCCUGCCUGACGGUCAUCCCAUGCCAGGCCUUCUCUGACUACAGGCAAAAAAUGGAGUUCUGGGAGCAGCCAUAUGGAUUAGACUUCAGUUGUCUACACCCACUUGCACAAAAAGAGUUUCUCUCCAAGCCUAAGUUUGGACAUCAUCUUUUACCCGAAGACUGCUUGUCCACUCCAUCUGAUGUUAUCACUCUUGAUAUGGGCACGAUGCAGGUCUCAGACUUGGAGAGGCUCAAAGGAGAGUUUAGUUUUAUUAUCGAGAAGUCAGGCACGUUGCAUGGCUUCACAGUCUGGUUCAGUGCACAUUUCCAGAGUUUAGAAGAGGAUGGACCGUCACUGGAGUUAAACACAGGCCCAUAUUCAGAGAUCACACACUGGAAACAGACUCUCUUUAUGUUGGAUACACCAGUGACAGUUGGGGAAGAAGAUGUGAUCGUGGGCUCCAUACGUCUGCAGAGAAAUCCCAUCUGGAGACGUCACUUGUCGAUUACAUUUUCAUGGACCAUAAAUGGCACAGAAGAUUCUAGGGUUCAGACAAAGACAUUUCCAAUGUGGAGGUGACCUUGGCAGGAACUUUGUUUAUAAUAAACACAGCCUUGAACUCUCGUUGCAUUUAUAUAAACAUGAAUACACAAAACUUAAUUUACCACAAAUCUCACAUUUUCAAAGGGGUCAUGACAUGCGUUUUAUUUUUGUUGUUGUUAUUAUUAUUUUAUGUUCCCUGAUGUUUUGUUUGUCAAAAAAUAUAGAAAUGUAAGUCAUUUAUGACCAUUUUCCAACCUGUUUUUCAUCCUCUGAUUUAAUUGGUCUGUGCUUCCCCUUUAAGAGCAGUCGGCCUGGCUUGGUGUCAUGCCCACUUCUAUGAUUGACAGCCUACAUGCUGCUGCUACAGUAGGCUGCUACUACCACAGUUUCAGUACAAAUACAGCUUCUCUUUUUAA